CCGCCCCGGCCCGUCGCCAUGUUGUUUCCUCUGCGCUGGAUGUGAGCCGCUGGAGCUGGAGCUGGAGCUGAAGCGCGGCAGCGCCACCGCUGCCGCCUCCUGCCCGCCAGGUCCGCGACCCUCUUUCUGUCCUCACUGCACCCAGAUAGGCCAGCCCGGAGUUCCCGGGGCGUCCUCCUUGUGGCCACGAGAAACUUCCUGUACUCCUGUAAGGAGCCUUGGCAUCGCGAUGAAACACUUGCCCUCAUCGUCUGAGUGAGUCUUCUCAACAACCCUAGGAGAUAAUGAUGCUUGAAUUGAACAAUUAAGGGUUCUGAAGUCAAAGCUCUUGAGAUUAAUAAUGGCAGGAAAAUCAUCGCUUUUUAAAGUAAUUCUCCUUGGAGAUGGUGGAGUUGGGAAGAGUUCUCUUAUGAACAGAUAUGUAACUAAUAAGUUUGAUACCCAGCUCUUCCAUACAAUAGGUGUGGAAUUUUUAAAUAAAGAUUUGGAGGUGGAUGGACAUUUUGUUACCAUGCAGAUUUGGGACACAGCCGGUCAAGAGCGAUUCCGAAGCCUGAGGACACCAUUUUACAGAGGUUCUGACUGUUGCCUGCUUACUUUUAGUGUCGAUGAUUCGCAAAGCUUCCAGAACUUGAGUAACUGGAAGAAAGAAUUCAUAUAUUAUGCAGAUGUGAAAGAGCCCGAAAGCUUUCCUUUUGUGAUUUUGGGUAACAAGAUUGACAUAAGCGAACGGCAGGUGUCUACAGAAGAAGCCCAGGCCUGGUGCAGGGACAACGGCGACUAUCCUUAUUUUGAAACAAGUGCAAAAGAUGCCACAAAUGUCGCAGCAGCCUUUGAGGAAGCGGUUCGGAGAGUUCUUGCUACCGAAGAUAGGUCAGAUCACUUGAUUCAGACAGACACCAUCAAUCUUCACCGAAAGCCCAAGCCUAGCUCAUCUUGUUGUUGAUUAUUAAAGAUAGGCCGGGCGCGGUGGCUCAUGCCUGUAAUCCUAGCUCUCUGGGAGGCCGAGGCGGGUGGAUCGCUCAAGGUC